GGCAGACUAGUCCUAGACGCUCGCUUGUGAAGUCACCAACUUGGCUUCUGUCCCGUCGUUAGGCCGAAUCUGUCCUCAUGCGAUGAGAGCAUACAUCAUGGUUGGAACGGUAUGGUAAGUGUUCACCCACAGGCCGUAGUCACUUGGUCUGUGGGUCAAGCUCUCUUUUUCAAUAUGAUCGUCAACUCGAGCCUCCUACCCGAAUUCCUUAGUCGGUUUUUGCAAAAAGUCAUGGGAAGUCUCGCGUGCGAGAUUCAGGAAGAAAAGCCCAGGAAGGAGGAGUACGAUAUCUACCAAGAUGUUCUUUCGCAGUUCCCUUUUCUGAAUGGGUACACACAUACUCUCCGCGCCUUCGAGACUUCUCAGGCCACGUCUCGGGAAGCUAUCGUGGCGGAUCUCCAAACGGCGCUUGACGAACUUCGCUCUAAGAUCCCUUGGUUAGCUAACCAAGUUGUCACAGUCGACGCCGGUCCCGGGACCUCGAAUUUCAUAACAUCCGCACCGUGGCCGGCGUCCGCACCGCCCAACAAUGUUGUCCGAGCGGACCAUGACGCCGACUUUCCUCCUCUUUCCUCAAUCCUAGCAUCCGGAGGUCCCAUGUCCACUUUCGGACCCGCGAAUCUAGUUCCUUGUCCCGGCCUUCCGCACCCCCAUGGCCUUUCACCAAUCCCAAUUCUAAUAAUCCGAGCCGUCUUCAUCACGGGCGGAGUCCUAGUGGUCCUGUCUGCGCACCAUAACAUGGUCGACGGCACCGGUCUCAUGCAGCUAUGGGACCACAUGGCAACUCUCAUGAACGGCGAUAGUCUUUCCCCUAAAGCUUUACAAUGGGCCAAUGCGGACCGCACGCGGGUCGUGCCAUUACUACGUCCCAACGAGCUAGUAAAAGACUACAGCCAUCUCCUCCGCCCGAAUCCCUGGCCAUUAGGUCCUCCACCGGAAACCAUAUGGCGCGGUUUCACAGUAUCGCGCUCAGCACUUGCCGAGAUCAAGGACCGUGCGUCCCCCCAGACAGAAGGCGCUUUUGUGUCAACCGACGACGCCCUAUCCGCAUUCUGCUGGCAGCGAAUCUGCGCCGUCCGUCUAUCAUCCGGCCGCUGUCACGCGACUCAGCUCUCCAAGUUCGGGCGGGCUGUAAAUGCCCGCCGCGCCGUCGGCCUGCCCGACACGUAUCUCGGGCAGAUGGUCGUCCACGCGACGACGCGGCUGCCCCUCGGGGACGUAGUCGCAAAAUCAGUAGCAGAGCUAGCCGGCAUGCUUAGGCGCGAUCUCGAGGACGCGAGAACGGAGUGGAGCGUUCGGAGCUGCGCGACGUUCAUGGCGGGCGUGCCGGAUAAGUCUAAGCUGCUGUACGGCGGGCUGUAUAACCCGGCAACGGAUAUCGGUGGCUCGUCGCUGCUUACGUGGGGAAGUAGGCCGUUCAGGAUGGGUGCGCUGGGAGAGUCGAGGAUGUUUCGGAAGCCGGAUGGGCCGAGGAUCCCUGGAUGUAUGUAUUUCUUUCCGUCGGAUAAUGAGAGAGAAAUGCAGCUCGUUUUAUGCCUUACGAGGGAAGAUCUACAUGGCUUGAGUAGAGAUACGGAGUGGGACUAUUUUGUUAAAGGAGUUGGUUCCCUAGAAUGAUUCAGCUUCGUAGCUUUAUCUGUUCGGCUUUCAAGUCUAAGGAGAAUAUACCAUGUAAAGUCUUUCAGAGCUCUAAGGAUAAUUGUAUAACAAAUAUACCAAGGUUCAUUCAAGGAGGCCUUGUCAGUCUUAGGGGGUUGAUUUGUUUAACAUACGUACCGGUACCUUAUUUGGCAAUAUAGUUGAACAGGACUUAUCGUCAAUGCUGUAACAAUCUGAAUCUCCG